CGACCUCCAGCUGGCGGACUUCUGGGAUGAUGACGACUUCCACCGCAGCGACAGACUGGGCCGCUACAGACAGCUGCGAUCGCGGAACCUGUGGAGUGACAACCAGGCCGUUACAGUCACUUCGGAUAAUAGUAGUUAUAAGAUCGUGUUGGACAUGCAUGACUUUUGGAUGGAGAUGUGAAGGUGAAGCUGAUGGGCGAGAAGGAGCUGCUGGUGGAGGCCCUUUCGGCCGGGUCCUCGCGCACCUUCAGACGCAGCUUUUCCUUGCCUGAGUCCACUGACAUGACAUCCAUCACGCCUGUCAUGUCGUCAGAUGGCAUCCUCACAAUCACUGUGACCAAGAAGGAGACUGAAACACAACAGAAGACGACUGUCAUCCCCAUUAGCGUCAAGGAAACGCACAAUGCAGAAGUUCACAGCUCAACUUCCUCGACGACCUCGGGAGUUUCUGAGGAAGCGUCGUCUGGCCAGAGAACGUCCCACACAGCCCAACAGGAGGAACGCAAAUCCACACGAUGCCAUCAGGAGAAGAUCGACGAGAACAAGACCCAAACUGCAGCUUCCAGUAUCUCAAGCAACACCCAACAAUCAUCACAGAAGCAGUCGUCUGUGAUCUCAGAUUUUGCUUCCACAAGAAUUUCCGACUCGCUGGAAGCAAAGGAAACUCUUGGCAGUUCGCAAGACGAUUCCUUGGCCAUCGCGAGGAGAGGAAGCUUCUUGCAAGACUCGUUCUUCUCCGACAUUCGCCGAGACUUCGACGCCUCCGUCAGGGAAAUCUUGAAGAAAUGCGACGACUCCGACCUCACGCUGACAGGCGAUGUCAGUCACAGUGACAUCCUGAGCCGCUACAGGCAGCUUCGAUCUCGAAACAUGAGGGAAGAGAACCAGGCCUUCUGCGUCUCGUCAGACAGUGCCAGCCUCAAGAUCGUGCUGGACGUGCAUGACUUCAUGCGCGGAGACGUCAAGGUGAAAGUCGUCGACGAGGAGCUGGUGGUGGAAGGGCGCGCGGAGGAGGAAGGAGGGUCGUCCGUCUCGACACGGUCCUUCAGCGCCGCUUUGCCCUGCCUCACAGCACUGACAUGACACGCAUCACUUCUGUCAUGUCUUCGGAUGGCAUCCUCACAAUAACUGCUCUCAAAACGGCAGGAGAACCACAGCAAAACUCACUCGUUAACUUCUCCGCGACCGAGAAAGGAAGGAAUC